AUGUCCUUGGUCACUAACCUCAUUGACGACAAGUCCCCGCUCAUUCUCUACGAUUCAACUUGGCUUCCGGGUAAUAGUUGGGACGAUGCCUAUGCUGAUCAGUAUUAUCUCGGGACGUUUACCACCAACAAUGUAACGAACGGGGCAGUGUCGUUUUCGUUCAAUGGAACUGGAGUAUGGAUAUAUGGCGCCAAAAGAAGCAACCACAAUACAUUCACCGUUCAGCUCGAUGGUGCUACGUACGGGCCUUACACUGGGUACUACCCCACUCAAGAAUUCAUGCAAGUCCUCUUCAACCAGACCGGUCUCACGCAGGGGAUGCACAACUUGACUUUGACAAAUACCGGAACGGGCAAUACCUAUGUUGAUAUCGAUAUAAUCGUGUGGCAAUCUGAAGUCGGGAGCAGUGGCCAGGAACUGAUCACGGAAACGGUCGAAGACACGGACCCACGUUUCCAAUACCAAGAGUCGGUCUGGGCUUCCCCACCUGACGCCAUUUUCUAUAGCAAUGGAACGGGCCAUUACACGGAAGCGUAUCUGGCCAGCGUCUCGUUUAUUUUCACGUCUUGCUAUGGACGUAGCGGAUUUUUGCGAUACUACCAGGGCAUGUUAGGUGAAAUGGUCACACUGUUUGGCGCGACCUCGACUUCGACCGGACCUUACACCGUUCAGCUGGACGGUGGUAAUGUAUCCAAAUACAACGGGACAGCUUUCCUUCCUUUCUACGGAGUCACUCUUUUCCACGCCGACAACCUUGGUUCGGGACAGCACAAUCUGACGCUCACGAAUGUCCCAGCAGCAGCGAAUCAGCAAUUGUGUAUCGAUUAUGCCCUAGUAUCGACUUUGUCUGGUAGUGAUACCACUACGUCUUCAUCUUCAUCUCUGAGUGGUAGUAGCACCACAUCAAAACAACUUAGUUCGGGCGUCAUCGCUGGCAUUGUUGUCGCUUCUGCUGCAGCUGCAUUGGGUUUCGUACUUGCUUUCUUCUUCUAUCGAAGGUGGAAGGCCUCGGAAGCGGCCCAAAAUCAACUUUACAGUAUUCAAACUACCCAGCGACCGCCGGAAGCACCAGUAGCCUUUUCAACGUCUAUAGAUACCAGAAGUGGUGCGAGCCCCGUGCAAGACGGACUGUCCUUAUCACCUUCUGCACGCGUCUAUCAGCGUUCCCCCGGCUUCUCAGUGGGAACGACUUAUCUUCCUGGUUCGGGUGCUUCCCAGUCUGGAAGCGAGCCGGCGAGUCAAACUUUAGCAGGUGGACAGGCAAGACCGUUGCCAGAUACCCCAGGCGAUGGGAGUUCAUCUUCCAAUCGCCCUCUGAAGAGUGUUGUGGCUUUACAUACCCAGAACGCAGAAGCCAUAAGGAGCCCGUCACCAGCUGUAACCGACCUCCCGCCAAAUUAUAACCAAGUGGUGGGGGGAGGUAGAACGUGA